AGAGAAGAAGAGCGCGCGCGCGGUGCACGCCGGGAACGCCGACGCCCAAGAUGGCGGCAGGAUUGAAAAGUUGUCCGCGUCGGGCUCCAUUGGAGGCGAUGGCGGCGCAGUGAAGGCGGAGGCCGAGGCGGGGAAGGAGGGACGAUGACGCCUCCGGGCCCCGCCUGAGAGAUGGAGGAGGAAGGCAAGAGGGGCAAGAAGCCUGGAAUCGUGUCCCCUUUCAAGCGUGUCUUCCUGAAGGGCGAAAAGGGCCGGGAUAAGAAGGCCCAGGAAAAGGUGACCGAACGAAGGCCCCUCCACACUGUGCCGCUCUCCCUGCCCGACCGGGUGGAGCCCGACAUCCUCCUGAACGACUACAUCGAGAAGGAAGUGAAGUAUUUAGGCCAGUUGACAUCUGUUCCAGGGUACCUGAAUCCCUCCAGCCGAACGGAAGUACUGCAUUUAAUAGACAAUGCAAAGCGGGCGCAUCAACUUCCAGGGCAGCUGACCCAGGAGCACGAUGCCGUGAUCAGCCUCUCUGCUUACAACGUGAAGCUGGUGUGGCGCGACGGCGAAGACAUCAUCCUCAGGGUCCCCAUCCACGACAUCGCGUCGGUCUCCUACAUCCGGGACGACUCCCUGCACUUGGUGGUCUUGAAAACAGCUCAGGACCCCGGGAUUUCCCCCAGCCAGAGCCUUUGUGCCGAAAGCACCAAGGGGCUGGCGACCGGGUCGCUCUCGGAGAGCGGGGUGGUGCCCGUGGAGGCCUGCUGCCUGGUGAUCCUUGCCACGGAGAGCAAGGGCUCCGCAGAGGAACUCUGCUCCCUCCUCAGCCAAGUCUUCCAUAUUGUUUACACGGAGUCCACCAUUGACUUCCUCGACAGAGCAAUAUUCGAUGGGGCCUCCACGCCAACCCGGCACCUGUCUCUGCACAGCGAUGACUCUUCGACAAAAGUGGACAUCAAAGAUUCCUACGAAACGGAAGCAAGCACUUUCUCUUUCCCCGAAUCCUUGGAGACGGGCGGCAACUCCCCUUCCUCCUUCUCGGCACUGCCUUCUCCCCACAACAAGACGGCCAGCGAAAGUGAGCUGAGCACCACCGCCACCGAGCUGCUCCAGGACUACAUGAUGACGUUACGAACCAAGCUCUCCUCUCACGAGAUCCAGCAGUUUGCGAUGCUUUUGCACGAGUAUCGCAACGGGGCGUCUGUGCACGAGUUCUGCGUCAACCUGCGGCAGCUCUACGGUGACAGCCGGAAAUUCCUUCUCUUGGGCCUCAGACCGUUCAUCCCCGAAAAGGACAGCCAAUACUUUGAGAACUUCCUGGAGACCAUUGGGGUGAAGGACGGCCGGGGCAUCAUCACGGACAGCUUUGGCCGCUACCGCCGGACGGUGAGCUCUGCCUCCGCCUCCACUACCAACGGCAACAACAACGGGGCGGCGGGGAGUUCGGACGACCAGUCGGUGCCCUCAGAGGGGGACGAGUGGGACCGCAUGAUCUCGGACAUCAGCAACGACAUCGAGGCCCUCGGGUGCAGCAUGGACCACGACUCCUCCUGAAGCGGAGCAGAGGAGGAGAGGGGCAGGCGGCUCUGUGAUUCGCUCCCCCUCUUCUCCCCUUGUUACCCAAUCGAAGCCAAAAGGGUGGAUUGGAUGCCCUCAGGGUGCCUGCAUCCCAUUUUUGCCAAUAGCUCCAUUCUGCAAAGGGAGAGAGAGGGCCUUGUUCCGCCAACCACGAGGGGCCGGACCGGAGUCAGGUGAAUCCGCCGGGGACCGUCUUCCUCUUUCUUUGCCAAAGGGCUGAGUUGUUGGAGAAGCCAUGAAUGCGUAAGAGAGAGAGAGAGAGUGGGGACGAUGGAUCUUGCUGCCCACAACAAGCCAACUUGACCGUUUUGCACAUGACAUUUCUGACCAUUUUCCCUUUCUCACCCCAAUGUUUUUUACAUGAAGUUUAUCACAAUGUGAAUAACUUAAAUCUUGCAAGUGUUUGUCGCGACAUUUCGGACUGAAACCAGACGGUGGCCUUGGUUGUGAAGCUGGGGGUUGCGUGGGCCUCGGGUCAGAGGGACAGAGGGAGGGAUCAGCCUCCUUCGCCCUGACUCCGGCCGACUGACCUUUGUGUUUUCUAAUUUUAUUUCCCCUCCUUAGCGCCGGAUUGAUCGCCUGCUUGACGUGCCAUUUCCCUCCGUGCCACCCUCCUCCUCCUUGUCUCAGACAGGUAGCCCAGCAAACAAACCCCCAGCGCAGGUAGGGCCAGGUAGCAUCUCUUUAUCCUAUUUAAAAGACACGGAUACCUCCGCUUUUUGUGUUGUUUUAUACGGAGCAUGGUUUGGUGCUACCGUUUCUCCUUGAGGCAUUGAGGGGUCUGGAGGUUUGGGUUCUGAAGGGAGGUUUUUCUGCACAUCCCGUGAGGAUUUUUUCCCUUUCUCUCUGCCAAAAAUAUCCCCCAAGAGGCCCUUGAGCUGGAUUUCAGGGGUCUGCGUCUCUGUGUCUUCAGUUGAUGGAAGACCCGGGUUUCUUCCGCCUUUGCUUUGGGCAUUCAGAGUCCUUCUCGGGACCGCAUCCGUUGCUCUUCAGACAGAAGAGUGGACCGCACGCGAACGAGUGGGUCGGCCUUUUGAGUGGUGUGUUGCUGUUGUGGUUUUUUUUAAAGGAGCGAGGAGUGGAAGAACUAUAUACAUAAUGUAUAUGUGUUGUAUAUAUUAUACAUAUAAAUGCACAGUUAUUUUUGUAUGUGUACUUCAUGCCACCGCAAUGUCUGCUGGCUCCUAUAAACUGAGCUGUAGGCUAUUUUAGCUCUUUGA